AUGUCUCAAAGUGUGCGGGACAAUCAAUGGGCGGAAUACAAGAACGAAAUCACCUCCCUAUAUCGGAAGUAUGCUCUGCAUGAUGUUAUGCAACAAUUGAGUGAGAAACAUGGGUUCCACGGAAGCAAAAACGAUUACGUUAAGAGGCUGAGAUUGUGGGGAGUUAAGAAGAAUGUCAAGAAGAACCACGCGGCAGGUACCUGGAACUACAUUGACCAGCAACUCAAGAAACGUUCCUUGGCAGGGAAAAAAAGCAAUGUUUCUGUCAAUGGAAAGCAUUACUCGAAUAGAAGAGCCCAAAAAGAGAUUUUGCGGAAUGUGACACAGAGAGAUAUCUUCAAGCGGGCAUGUGAGUCUCUUCCUCGAUCUUUUCUUUUUUUUUUCUUUUUUUUUUUUCUUUUUUUUUUUUCUUUUUUUUUUUUCUUUUUUUUUUUUUAA